GGGAGGCGGUGGCGGUGGGGGCCGGGGGCGCGCGGGCCGGCGCCGGGCAGGGCCCCGGGGACCCCGCGGGCGGCGGGCAGGCGGGGAAGGCGCUCGAGGGCCAGCCCGCGCGGCUCCCAUCCUCCGGGCCGGCCUCCGGCUCUGCGGGGCGAGGGGAGGCGCCCGCGGGCUCCGGGCGCCGCGGGCGGGACACGGGCGCGGGGCGCAGGCGGGCUCCUCCGGCGCGCGCGGGCGCUGAGCGUGGCCUGUCCCGCAGGUCUGGAUGCUGGUGGCCGGCUUCCUGCUGGUGCUGCCGCCGGGCUGGGCCGCGGGCGCCCCGAGGGCGGGCAGGCGCCCGGCGCGGCCGCGGGGCUGCGCUGACCGGCCGGAGGAGCUCCUGGAGCAGCUGUACGGGCGCCUGGCGGCCGGCGUGCUCAGCGCCUUCCACCACGCGCUGCAGCUGGGGCCGCGCGAGCAGGCGCGCAACGCGAGCUGCCCGGCAGGGGGCAGAUCCGCCGACCGCCGCUUCCGGCCGCCCACCAACCUGCGCAGCGUGUCUCCCUGGGCCUACAGAAUCUCCUACGACCCGGCGAGGUACCCCAGGUACCUGCCCGAAGCUUACUGCCUGUGCCGGGGCUGCCUGACCGGGCUGUUCGGCGAGGAGGACGUGCGCUUCCGCAGCGCCCCGGUCUACAUGCCCACCGUCGUCCUGCGCCGCACCUCCGCCUGCGCCGGCGGCCGCUCGGUCUACACCGAGGCCUACGUCACCAUCCCCGUGGGCUGCACCUGCGUCCCCGAGCCGGAGAAGGACGCAGACAGCAUCAACUCCAGCAUCGACAAACAGGGCGCCAAGCUCCUGCUGGGCCCCAAUGACGCGCCCGCUGGCCCCUGAGCCCCGGUCCUGCCCCAGGAGGUUUCCCAAGGCGCCUACGCUGGAGCCGCCCGGAGGGCUCGACCUCUGCAGAGAGCGCACGGAGCAAACCUGAGCACCGGCGCCGCCUUUCCGUGGAGACUCAACAGCUUCAUCUGACAUGGGCAUCCCUGGCUUGCUUUUAGCUACUAAUGGGCAGGGUGGCUGGAAGCUGAUGGGAAACGAUCCGGCACGGGCAUCCUGUGUGUGCCCCGCAUGGAGGGCUUGCGAAAGUUCACGGAGGCUUCUGGAGGAACCUCCCAGGCCGGCUGCUGCGGGUGCAGGGCGUGAUCCCCCGCUGCGUGCUUGCCAAAGAGAUAGGGACGCAUA